AUGCAUGUCGGUUACAAAGUCCCUCUUUUUAACCGGAGGAGAACAAUUUUUAAUAGAAACUUUACUUUUAAUGGACUAGGGUUCUUGCUGAUUGUGCUACCCAACCUGAUCAUCUUCACAUUCGGAGGCAGAGACAUAGAGAGCAGUAGAAUAGAAUCAGACAGAUGUUAUAAGUCUUCAAAUAAACGACCAGCCGUUAAAGCAGCAGAAGAUUCAAUAAGUCCACGUACAAUGAAAUUAAGUGAGCAUUUUUCUCGAAGACAAUUCUUGAAGAAGCUGAGGAAUGUUGUCGCCAGAUGA